UUACGUCGGUACUAGCCCCGUCCCCUGCGGCCGUAACCGUUCUCCGGGUCUGGCUUCAGUUUCAGCUGCGAGGAGGGUGUCCGCAUAAUGCCGAGGAAGAAGAGAAAUCCCGCCGCAUCUAGUCCGGCCCGGCCGCCUGGACUGGGGUCUCCGACCAGAACUGGCUCCGUUGUAUCUUCUGCCGCCGCCGAUCGCUGUCAGGCUCCAGUACCUAGGUGGGCCUUGGGCUCCAAUUCAGUGACUGCCUGCCCUGCGAAUGGGGUAAACAAGGAGAAAUUGCUGAACAGGAUGACAGAGAUGUUCUCUCACCUAGACCCGAGUGUGGUGUAUGUGGUGCUGUCCGAAUGUGACUUCAAAGCUGACGAUGCAAUGGACUCUUUGUUGGUACUGUCUGACGCAGCUGAAGGUGUAGCAUCUUCCAGCUUCACUGGAUUUGACCAUGUGGCAGCUUCCUUGAGUGAUGAUCAAGUUAAUAGUAAGAGCAAAGUAGUCAUGAACAACCACAGAAGUAAUUUGCUUGUUGUUUCUACUAGUGCUAGAGAACCUGGAUUGCACUUGUCUGAACAAUUGAACUCUUCAGCUGAAAAUAAAUUGGAAAAUUCUUGCACAAACACCAAUGAUGAAACUGUUUCAGAACAUAGCACGACUUAUCAACACUACCAGCCAUUUAUGAAUCGAUAUAAUUCUCCCAUUAGUCAGUUUUCUAGACUCUGUGUUAAUGACGAGUUACCUCAGCUAAUUCAAUCAAAUUUGAACUCUACUUUCAAGUGUAUGCUAAAUCAACAGCAAACAAGUGAUAAUGCAAUGUGUCACGGGCACUCACCAUUUGCUUCAGAUUCAAAAGAAUGUGAAGAAAGUUUAGGCCAUUGUUUUGAUUAUGAAAAUAAUGUCUUUGAGAAAAGACCAGAAGUUCAAUUAGAUUAUAACAAAUUGCUGUCAGAAGAUGUUGAAAGUUCCAGCAGCAAGAAAUCCUCUAAUGACCCUGGGAUUGCAUUUUCAAACAACAUAAGCACAAGUAGUCCAGAUAUAUGGACAAAUGAAACUGAAAACGACAGCUUGUCAGCAGCCAUUUCUGUAGACAUUGUCCCAAGCAAGUAUGGUGAUUCAGUGCUUUCAGCUCAAAAAUAUGACUCAUAUUCAAAUUCUUUAGAUCAGCAAACUGGAUUAUCCCGAAACAGUGGCAUUUCUUCUGAAUUAGGAGGAAAAUGUUCUGGUACAACUGGCAAUGAAAUACCGUGGUUCAGACCAAACACAAAUCCAUUGCCUGAAGAAAACUGCAAAUUAUUUGAAGAGACACAAGCAUAUAAAGAAAUAAAUCCAAAAAGCAGCAUUCUCUCAAAACCAUUAGAAAAUAGAGGGAGUAAUUUGAACAAUAUACAACAAAACACAGCUUGUUUUCCUCAUUGGUUAGGGGAAAAUAUAAGUAGUGAAAAACCACCUAAUUUACUGAACAAUGUGGGAGCAGACUACCAUCGGUAUUCCAGUAGCAUGCUGUUUCCACAUGUUCCAAAUAUAUCUCCAAUCUCAUGGAACCCAUGGGCUCCUGAAUUCAUACCUGUGAGUUUGCCAAAGACUUUUGUCACCCCUGUGGCAAUGGCUCCUGCAAAACCAAAGUCUCAUGUUGUUUCACCAUGGAGACCCGUAAGAGCUGGUCCUGGUUCACCUCAUCAGUCUAUGAGAUUGGGUGUCACCAACUCACCUUCAAAACCAUGGUUAAAUCUGUCUGGCAUUCAGCAGUUGCAGAGCGAGUAUCCAUUUCCAAAGCAUAUCAAUAAGAAGGUAUUAGGAACAACCAAAAUGCUAAUUUUGAUGAGGGGACCACCUGGAUCUGGGAAAAGUACCCUAGCCAGAAUGCUUGUUCAACAGGGGCCUAAUGGAAUAAUUUUCAGCACAGAUGAAUAUUUUUGUCGAAAUGGACGCUACCAGUUUGAUUCAAGUUUGAUUGGAAAAGCUCAUGAAUGGAAUCAAAAGAGAGCCAGGGAAGCCAUGGAAAAAGGUUACUCUCCUAUCAUAAUAGAUAACACAAAUACACAGGCGUGGGAGAUGAAACCUUACAUCGCUAUGGCUAUGAAGCAAAACUAUAAUGUUGUAUUCCGUGAACCAGAUACCUGGUGGAAGUUUAAACCAUGGGAGCUUGAAAGACGUAAUAUUCAUGGGGUGUCAAAGGAGAAAAUUAAAGCAAUCAUAGAUCACUAUGAACACCAUGUUACAGUGAACACUAUAAUAAAGUCGUCGGAACCUAAAAUCCCAGAAACAGAAACUGUAGAACUGUGUCCUAUUGCGAGCGCAGAAAGCGGAGCGAUGAAUCCAGACAUCCAUCACAUGACUGUGGCAGCAGGACCAUCAGCUUCUUCAGAGACCCAAGUUUUAAACGACCCCUUGAUGCCUCCUUUCAUGAGUACUGAAGACUUGUCAACUACUGACAUAAACAAAGCAUUCCCUGAUAACUUGGAGCAAUGCACAAGGCUGCUUUCGAAUUUCCCCAGUGAAAGCAGUAAAUGUGGGAUUGAAUAUGACACUCGCAAUAAUGCUACAUAUUCAAAAUUACCAAACGGAGGAAACAUACAAAAAGAUCAAACUAUCGAAUCAAAUGUUAGUAAUUAUAAUUUAGCCUCUCAUACUCAAACUGAAGAUGAAAACAGUGAGGUAAUCAGUGUGAAAACUGUUGAAUCUGAGUUUGAAGCAACAGAAAAUACUGAACACGUGGAAAGUCACAAAGAUAAUUUAGCACAAUGUGAUGAAUUACCAAUUGCAUUUAGUACAUCUAUUGGCCAGAGAAUUAGGAGAAGGAAAUGGCAAGGUGCCAAUAGUACAAACAAUGUUUUGCAAUAUACAGGAACACCAAAACUGCCAGUUGAAGAAGACCUAUCUGAACAAAAUAAUUUGACAGAGAAACUACAAGCUGUAGAACAAUGUCAUCAGAUUGUUGAACCAGAAUUCUUAAAUUUUGUUGGCGAUUGGCCAGUAGCUGAGAAAUUGAAACCUCAAGAUCAGAGGAAAAAGAAAACCAGAAAAAAAUCAGAGCCAAUCUUCAGAAAUAAGUCUGACAACUUGCAAUCUGUCAUUCCAAGUGAUUCAUUGAAAGAUGCUGCUAGUACUUUGGUUGAACAGAAGAAUGUAGAAAUCUCCACUGAUAGUUCUGAUAACCCUGAUGUGUUAUCAUCACCUGCUAUAAACUCUACAUCAGAAAGAAUCUCUGAAAACCAGGAGAAGUAUAAAAGCCUAGGAGCUUUUGAAGAGCAAACUGUAGAAGCAUUGUCUGAUAAGCCCAUGAAUAGAAAAUCUUUGCAGAAUAGGGGAGUAGGAAAGUCUUGCAAAUUGGCACUAACAUUUACUGGUAAUAGCCCAAUCUCAGAGGAGCCUUUAGAACCUGUCCUCUUGAACACUGACCAGAUGGAGAACUCUAUACUAAUUCCAGGUAAUUCAGAACAGGAUAAUUCAACACAAACAGCUGCUGAAGAUUUUGCUCUUUUAUGGAAGAUUGAAAAUCAAAAGGCUGUUUCUACGGAGCUUAAAAUAUUGACAGCAACUAUAAAUGAACUUAAAGUAACAGCCUUUGUUGCACCACAAAAAUCUGUAAACCCUGUGAAAUCGUUGCCCUAUAAACUUGUGCAUGAUAAAAGCACAUCUGUAGAUGAAAAUGUAUUUGUUAACAAAGAGGAAAAUUUGCAGAUACUAAGUGAUUGCUUUAAAUCUAUUCCUUUUGAAGAUUUGAUUGAUUUGUAUGAAAAAUGUAAUGGAGAUGUAGAAUGGGCAACCAAUUUAUUGCUUGACUCUGGUGUGAAGCUUUCAAAUGAAGAUCCAGUGAAUGAGAUAGCAGUUGCAGAUGAUAAACCUGUAACUAACAGUAAUGUACAAGUGACCCAGAUACCACAAAUGGAAAAAGUAGACUUUGGUGAACAGUCACAAAAUGACGAAUGUACAGCUGCAACGAAUCAGUUAUCUAAUGCCGAUGAAACUACAACAGGCAUAAAUAAUCAAUCCUCAGUGAUGAAAGCACAACAUAAUGAGAAACAUCUGGUGUGUCACAUUGGACAUGAAGACAUAAACCCUCCACCUGACACUACUAAAAAACUUAUAGUUAUAGCUGAAGAGUUGAAAAGUACAACUGACACCAGUGAAACAUGUAACAUUGAUUGUGAACAGUUUACUGAUCCAUGUGAGGAACAUUAUGUAGGAGGAGAAUGUGAUGAUUCAAAGCUUAUAAAGGAUUUGCCAAAUGAUCAUGCAACAUGCAUGAAAGGUGACAUAUCUCAUACUUCAAAUAUAGAGAUAUUAAAUGAAAGAAACAUAAAUGAAACUGCUACAGUAUCAAAGCCAGAACUCAAUAACUUUUUUGAAAAUUUAAGUGAAAAUCAGUCAAGCUGUAACACAGCGAAACUUGCAACACAGAAGGAAAAUGAGAAGACACUGGAAGGUGAAAGUACAAAUCAGGAUCAUUUGGGAUUGUUUUCUGAUGCGUUGAAGAUUCAAUCUUUGGAAUUAUACUUGCCACCAGAAUUGGCAAUUCAACUGACUGACUUGUUUGGAUCGGUAGGCCUUAAUCCAGAUUACUUGACUCCAGAGGAUUGUAUUGUCCAGAUGGAUCUGAAUUUGGCAAAAGUUAUUCAUCAGAAGUGGAAGGAGACAAUAUUGGAAAGAAAGAAACAGGAAUCUCUGUCAUACCAGCUUCUUUUGGAAGAUGGCGACUUACCUGAGAGUUUCAAGUGGGAACUUGAAGAUUCAGUAAAAGAGGAAGAGGAGGGUGUUUUUACUUUGAAAUGUGAUACAAAAAAGUCAAAGAAAAAAGAUGGAAAGAAAACAAUCCCGAUAUCAACUGUAGUGACUGCCAAGAGAGGUCUUGUUGAUGGCUUUCCAUUUAUGGACCAUUGGAAUGCUCAGGUUCCUAGCGUGUCCUUAAGAGAUAUCAUGUCAGAGGAGAUGGACUUUCAGACAAAACAAGACCGGUCCAUUAUGAGAUCAUUCUUAUCCACAAAAGACUGUGCAACAAAGUUAAAGGAGAAACGUCUCCUAGAGAUGUUUCCAGGCAUUGAUAAGCACUUCAUCAUGGAUAUGUAUAAAGAUAACAACUAUUCCUUUGAGCAGACAGAGCAGUUUUUGAAGUCAGUAUUUGAUUGGGAUCUAGAGUCAACAAAAAUCAUUGAAGUUCAUGAAAGUGUCCAAAAACAUGAACCGGCUGUGGGCCGAAACAAGAAGGACAUGUUGAACAAGGAUUUUAAGGAGUCAGACAAUGAGCGUGCAUUCCAGGAUGCAGAAUUUCCAAAUUAUGAAGACUUCCGGGCUGAAGCAGUUUUGCAUCGUCGCAAGCAGCAGGAGUGCUUCAGUAAGGCAGCAGAAGCUCAUCGAAGGGGCAUGAAACCAGUAGCCACGUUUUAUGCACAGCAGGGUCAUCUUCAUGGCGAAAAGAUGAAAGAAGCCAACCACAGAGCUGCUGUAAAAAUUUUGAAGCAAGUGAAUGUAUCUUUACUUCCUCAAAAUGUUUUAGAUCUGCAUGGCCUUCAUGUAGAAGAAGCCCAGUACCACCUGGAAAAAGUGCUAUUUGAGAAGAUCGAUGAAUACCAACGAAAAGGUGGUAAAUCUUAUCUGACUGUCAUAACUGGAAGGGGAAGCCAUAGCCAAGGGGGAGUAGCACGUAUUAAACCAGCUGUUAUUGACUACCUCAAAAGCCACAACUUCAGGUUCACAGAGCCACAGCAAGGUGUUGUGAAAAUCAAGCUGAAUUAAGGAAUGAUUAAACGAGAAAAAUUCUUCCUGAUUCUGUGAGCAUGCGACUAUCUCGUGGAUUUACAGAGUUCCUGCACCAAAACAAGCAUUUGAGCAUGUGGUGCUUUUUUAAAGUGGCAACACUCAGGGAUUUCCAGCAGCGUUUAAUACAAUGAAACCGUUAUUGUGGUAUGCUGAAGUGUGCCUAUUUGACUUGUAAUGGGGUAAGGCAUAUUUUAACCUGAUAUGUUGUUCUGGUAUAUGUACUGAUCAUAUGAUUGAAAUUUUUAAAAAUUUGUUUUAUAUAAUUUUCCUGAUUCUUUAGUUUCUGUUUCUACUAUUUUGAAUUAUCAGCACAGGUUAGGAACUGCCCAUUCUGAAACAACAAGACUCCCAACAUUUGUUUCACUAAUUAUUUCACAUAUGUGUCACAGUUGAAAGGAUUUUCCCCCUUUCCUCUCUUCAACUGCAAAAAGAUUAUCUUUUGCUGGUGUAAAGUAAAAUUUAAGGGGUUCUAGAAUUAUAAGUGAGAUUGUGGGUAAAAUAAACUCUUUUUAAAGAAAUAAAAUCAAAUUUGUAAUUUUGUAGCCCUUUGCACAAAACUUGUGUUUGCAAAUAUGAUACCUAGAUUUUAACUAAUAAAGUUCUUCACUAUGUUUGGUAUUUACUAUUAUUUUAAAGCAGUAAAAAUAUAACACAUUUUUAAGUUUAGUACAAUAAAGAUGGGAAAAGAUGUUGAGAAUUUGCAUUGGGUGUAAUGUUGCUAUGCUGUCUAAUGCUUUUCAGUAAAUCAAAAACCCUUCUCACUAUUUUGUUAUAAAAAUGUGUGAAGUUGCCGUGCAGAAAGUGUUUUCCAAUUGAAAAUAUUUAUGUACAUUGAUGGCUAAUUACUAUUUUACUAUGAAUUACUAUUUUAAACCUUCACGAUGGAUCUUCAAAAAAAUACAUAUCCAUCACUUUUUAAGACACUUUAAUCCCUAAAGAUUAUUUAAAACACAUCUUCAAUUAAUUCUUAAAAUUUAUUGAAAUGGAAGUUGUAUGCAUAUCCACUGUGGAACAUGUAACAAAUAUGUCAUUUUUAAAAUUGUAAUUCUAGAACAUAACAAGAUUCUUACAAUGCAAGAAAUAAAUAGUUUUUUGCAGUUUUAUUAAACUUAAAUACGUUUUUUAAAAAAGUGCACUUUGUUUAAUCCCUGUCUUUUCCCAUGUGUAUACACACUCAUACAUAUUUUAGUGUGAUUAAGAACUUUAUCGUAGGUU